AUGAUACCCUACUACGCAUACAAGAAAUACAAACAAAACCAAGCUCUCAAGGAGGCUGCCCUCGACAAGAAAGAUGAACAGUUUCUUUCUGAAGCCAUAGAAAGAUCCCCCCCUCCGCCGGAACCUUCAACUCCAGCCACCACAGUCGACAGUCUUUUUGAAGAAAACAAGUCUGACUGGAGCAAAGAGAAAGAAAGGAAAUCAGAGCCUUGGGCACAGACUAUCAAAAGGUGGGGGUCUCUUGGCAGGGCAAGUUCAAGUAACAGUGUAUCGAAGAAGAGUGAUACACUCCCGACUCCUUCGAUCUCCCAACCUGCCACCCCUGGUGAAGCCCACAAGCCCCUCACAUUGAAUGAUCCUACUGCCAACCCCGCCACACAUGAACCUGAGUUGACUAAAGAACAAAAGGAUCUAGCCGAAGUUCUUGACUCCCUGAACAUGCAGGCUGGACAACAGGGUAUUGCCUUUACAACGCCUGAUACAAAGGCCCUUUUACAACAGUUUACUCAAAUUAUCAAGGAUCUAGUUAACGGGGUUCCUACAGCAUACAAUGACCUUAUUGAAUUCCUUGAAUCUUCAUCGACUCAACUUUCCAAAGAGUGGGACUCGCUUCCUUCUUCGUUUCAGAAAUUAAUCCGGUCGCUACCACUUGGAAUACCCCCUGACGUUUUCGCUGCUAUGACCGCUGCUGCUGCCGCACCAACAACUGGGGAUCAGUCUCAAGCUGAAACGGCCCCAAAAUCCUCCGCGGGACCGGGCAGCAAAUUCAACCCAAUGUCAUUUUUUACAAAGACGAACCCUAAAACUGGCACUAAAAGUCGCACACUGCCUGGUCCGGGUCAGGUAAAAGAUCUCCUGGGCACUGGAGGGGGGAUUGUCACGAUUUUAAAGAGCAUACUAACUUUCCUGAAGACAAGAUUCCCUUUACUUGCAGGUACCAAUGCAUUGAUGAGUAUGGGCAUUUCGAUCCUAAUGCUGUUGCUGUGGUACUGCCAUAAACGAGGGAAGGAGGUUCGCCUUCAAAAAGAGGCAGAAGACGCGAAACUAGAAGCUAAAGACGCACCUGAACUUGUCAAAGAUGCAGGAGACGAGGACCCCAAGCCGAGCACAGAUUCAAAGGGGACUUAA